CCACCCCCAUCCACCACACCCCCCUCCCCCCCCCCCACACACACUCCCCAACCCACCACAACCACCACACCCAACCACACCAACCCCCCCACCCCACCCACCCCCCCCACACCCACACCCACCACCCCCACACCCACACCUCCACCACCCCACGCCACCCCACACCCCACUGCCCCACACCACACCGCACCACCACCCACACCCCCCCCACCCCACCACCACCACCCCCACCCACCCCCCACCAUCCCCCCCCCCACACCCCCCCACACACCCACACACCAACCCCCAACCCCCAACCCACCCCCCACACCCACCACCCACCACCCACCCAUCAGCCCACACAGCCACAGCACAUCCGCACCCAAACAUCGCACGCACAACGUCACCGAAAGUGAAUUUGUCGGAAAUUUACGCAUACGCAUGCAGACACUGAGACCGUCACCAACAACAAAUAACUCAGCACAUGUACCAUUCGUGGAAAAGAAUCGGCACACAACACCAUCAGUUUUCGUGCGCAAUGACGCAAUUCGCCAGCCGCUUCAACCACCGUACAAGGGGCCAUUUCCAGUAGUCAAACGCAUCGACAAGUUUUUCAAAGUCAAAAUCCGGGGAAAAGACGUGAACAUCUCCAUCGACCGGUUAAAAUCAGCCUUCAUCGCCGAGGAUAGCCAAAAUCCGUCGAAUCAAACAACUCAGCCAAAAGAGUACCAGACAAAAUCGGGGGAGUGA